AUGGCAAGAUUGUCAGUUCGUUCUCUAUCAUCUAGAAAUCUAGCACCAGAAAAACUGCCCGCACACUGGAAUGGCAACCCGCCGACUUCAUUCAAGAAUCCCUGGCCGAGCUUCUCCAAACAACACGGCUUACUAGACGUGUUCAAGAUACGCUUCGGCAACGAGCGAAAUUUUGUCCCUGUACCGAGCAGGGACGAAUUAGUCAAAGUCAGAAAACCGACUUGGGGCAGGGAAUCUCCUAUAUGGCAGCAAGAAUUCAAAGCCACAUGGCUGGGUCACGCAGGAUGGCUAGUAGAGACUGCCUGCUUAGCUCCGACGACAGAAGUCGCCCCUUCGGCCGAUAGCAAGGAAUACAGAGGCAUACGCAUCUUGUUUGAUGCAGUGUUUAGCGAGCGAACGAGCCCAGUGGAGUGGUUUGGACCUAAACGAUAUACACCCACACCCUGCACGCUGGACGAAUUACCCGAGGUCGACUUGGUGGUGAUUUCGCAUAAUCACUACGAUCAUCUGGAUAUCGCUACCAUUGCGCACGUGUACAAAAAGUCCAAGCUCGCAGGCAGAGAGAUACAUUUCUUUGCUGCGCUGGGCAACAAGCAAUGGUUCCUAGGUGCAGGACUAGGCAUUUUGGAGAACGAGGUUUCGGAAUGCGAUUGGUGGGACAGCCUCAAUGUUGAUGUCGAGGGCGUGGGCAGUGUGAAGCUCACGUGUACGCCCGCACAGCAUACGUCCGGACGAACGCCCUUCGAUGCAGGACAAACUUUGUGGUGUUCGUGGGUACUCGAGGACCUGCAGUCUAGCAAAAAACUGUUCUUCUCAGGCGACACUGCAUACAAAGCUACUUCUGCGAAAACGGCAUGUCCGGCAUUUAAGCAGAUAGGCGAGGUUUUCGGAGGGUUCGACUUGGCUAUGGUGCCUAUUGGACUGUACUCGCCACAGUGGUUCAUGAGCAAUGUUCAUUGUUGUCCUGAAGACAGUCUAGAGAUUCAUAAGGAUAUUCGGAGUAGGAAGACUCUUGGCAUGCAUUAUGGUACCGUGAGAGGUGGGCUUAGCGCUCAGUAUGAAGAUGUCAGGGAGCCGCCGAGACGCUGGCAGGAGUGUUGUGCAAAGGAAGGCAAAUGGGAGACUGAAUGCUGGUUGUGUGACGUGGGAGAGACAGUGACGGCUGCUUGA